GAACUGCCAAGUGCCAAUUCGGCUGAAGCCCUUGUGCGGUACGUGUUAUAUAUUAGAACUGCAUAUUGCAGUCGAAAAACGGCUGGAUAUCUGGAUCAAUCCAUGUUGCCGUAAUAGAUUGUUUUAACAAGCCUUAUAUUACUUUGUCAUUGGUGUUCUGAAGUCCGCAACCAUGGCUCACUGUAUGAGAGUUUUGCAUGGCCAGGGUGGUAGGACUAGAACAGUGCUCUUGGAGAUCCAGCAGAGAUGUUUCAGCGUGUCCCCCCUCACGGCCGCGGCCGCGCAGGUCGCGAUGUCGAAGCUAGACAAGGCACCACUGCCUUACUCGAAAUUGUCCCAAAAUUUGGAGAUUGUCAAAAAGAGGUUAGGUCGCGAUAUGACCUUGUCCGAGAAGGUGCUGUACUCCCAUCUCGAUGACCCCAAGGGCCAGGAAAUCGAGCGUGGCACGAGCUACCUCCGCCUCCGCCCCGACCGAGUAGCCAUGCAAGACGCCACCGCUCAGAUGGCCAUGCUUCAGUUCAUCUCGUCUGGCCUGCCGCGCGUCGCCGUGCCGUCCACCAUCCACUGUGACCAUCUUAUCGAAGCCCAGAUCGGUGGUGUCGAGGAUUUGGCCAGGGCUAAGGAUAUAAACAAAGAGGUAUACAAGUUCUUGGCGACUGCCGGUGCCAAGUACGGCGUCGGCUUCUGGAAGCCUGGCUCCGGCAUCAUCCAUCAGAUCAUCCUGGAGAACUACGCCUUCCCCGGCCUGCUGAUGAUCGGAACUGACUCGCACACGCCCAACGGUGGAGGUCUCGGUGGUCUCUGCAUUGGUGUUGGUGGUGCUGAUGCCGUGGACGUGAUGGCUGACAUCCCCUGGGAACUCAAGUGCCCCAAGGUCAUCGGCGUCAAGUUGACCGGCAAGCUCUCCGGCUGGACCAGCCCCAAGGACAUCAUCCUGAAGGUGGCCGGCAUCCUGACCGUCAAGGGAGGCACCGGCGCCAUCGUGGAGUACCACGGCCCCGGCGUCGACUCCAUCUCUUGCACCGGCAUGGCGACCAUCUGCAACAUGGGCGCCGAGAUCGGAGCCACCACCAGCGUGUUCCCGUACAACUCGCGUAUGGAGGCGUACCUGAAAUCCACCGGACGUCACGAUAUCGCCGCCGCCGCCACCGCCUCUAAACAUCUGCUUACACCCGACGCGAAGGCGCCUUAUGACCAGCUGAUCGAAAUCGACCUGAACAAACUGGAGCCUCAUGUGAACGGGCCCUUCACCCCGGAUCUAGCGAACCCCAUCUCCAAGCUCGGCGAGGCCGCUAAGAAGGCGGGCUGGCCCUUGGACAUCAAAGUGGGCCUUAUCGGAUCCUGCACCAACUCGUCCUACGAGGAUAUGGGCCGGUGCGCCAGCAUUGUCAAGGAGGCCCUGAAACACGGUGUCAAGUCUAAGAUCCCGUUCAACGUGACCCCCGGCUCGGAGCAGGUGCGCGCCACCAUCGAGCGUGACGGCAUCGCUGGUACUCUCCGCGAGUUCGGAGGCACUGUCCUGGCUAACGCGUGCGGCCCCUGCAUCGGCCAAUGGGACCGCAAGGACGUGAAGAAGGGAGACAAAAACACCAUCGUCACCUCUUACAACCGCAACUUCACCGGCCGCAACGACGCCAACCCCGCCACGCACUGCUUCGUCACCAGCCCUGAGCUGGUCACUGCUCUGUCUCUUGCCGGUCGCCUGGACUUCAACCCGCUGACCGACAGCCUGACCGGAUCGGAUGGCAAGCCGUUUAAGCUGUCGGACCCCUUCGGCGACGAGCUGCCCGCCAAGGGCUUCGACCCCGGCCAGGACACCUACGAGCACCCGCCCGCGGACGGCAGCAGCGUCCAGGUCGACGUAUCCCCCAGCUCCGACCGUCUCCAGCUCCUCGCGCCUUUCGACAAGUGGGACGGCAAGGACCUCACCGACAUGACCAUCCUCAUCAAGGUCAAGGGCAAGUGCACCACCGACCACAUCUCCGCCGCCGGACCCUGGCUCAAGUACCGUGGACAUCUUGACAACAUCUCCAACAACAUGUUCAUCACCGCCACCAACGCCGAGAACGGCGAACUGAACAAGGUGAAGAACCAGGUGACGGGCGAGUGGGGCGCGGUGCCCGCGACGGCGCGCGCGUACAAGGCGGCCGGCGUGCGCUGGUGCGUGGUCGGCGACGAGAACUACGGCGAGGGCUCCUCCCGCGAGCACGCCGCGCUCGAACCGCGCCACCUCGGCGGCCGCGCCAUCAUCGUCAAGAGCUUCGCUAGGAUUCACGAGACCAACCUGAAGAAGCAGGGCAUGCUCCCGAUGACGUUUGCCAACCCCGCUGACUACGACAAGAUCCAGCCCACGGACAAGAUCUCGCUGCUCGGCCUCAAGGACCUCGCGCCCGGCAAGCAAGUGGAAUGCGAAAUCAAGCACAAAGACGGCAAGACCGAGCGUAUCAAGCUGAACCACUCCUUGAACGAGCAACAGAUCGCAUGGUUCAAGGCCGGCUCCGCCCUCAACAGGAUGAAAGAGAUCGCCGCCGGCAAGAAGUGAACACCAAACUAGGUAGCUAGUAGCCGAGAUCAUACGAAAACCACAC